AUGAAGUCCGCACUCGCACUUCUCACCGUCCUCGCAAGCACCGUACUGGCGGAGAAGAUGGUGUUUCAUGGUAAUUGCGUCCAGCCCAGCAACAAGUGUCAGCUUCGGUUCCCCAAAUAUCACCUAGGCGCUGGCGGCCCGCAAUUCCACUUUGUCGACUGGCCUUGCACCAACAAGUGCACGGAGAACGAUGGCCCUUGCAGCUACACGACCGACAAUGGCUACAUCACUUGCGGCCUCGAACAUUUGUGA